AUGUUUUUCAAAAUUAUAGUUCAUUUAUUAUUCUGUGGGAGUAUUUUUGCAGUUUCGGAUUUUCUUCAAAUCAUUGAAUCGUAAGUUAAUAUACAGUAACUUAUUUAAAGUAACAAGUAUUACAGUAACCUGGGUGAUAUCAAUGAGGUCUGUGAUAACAUUAAUAUUUUUCCAAAUGAUUCGGUUUUGGAAGCUGUUCAGAAAUUUUACAAGGAGGAGAUUGAGAAUUUGAAUAUUCCUGAAAUAUUCGUAAGAAUUCCACCAAAGAACCAGAAUUCUUCGAAAUCUAUUUUUUCCAGGAUCUCAAAAAGACCGAUGAACCUUUCUUAAUUUAUUUGCAAAAUAAAAAUUGGACAGAAGAUAUUGAUCAAAUAGCUGAUGAUUAUAACAAGCUGUGAGUUUCAUGAAAUUUUCAAAGGUUCAUUAAAAAUCGAAUUAUUUAGCUGUGAAACUGAUUCUGAAUCUAUCCAUGAUUUUUUGAGGAAAAUAGAAUUACCAUUUUUUAAAUUGAAUUACAAUAACUUGAAACUGGACAAGAAUUGCACGAGAGCAUCUGAAAAUCUGAAAUCUCAAUAUCAGAUUUAUUUUGUGCAUCCUAAUAUUAGAAAGGUAAUUUUUUAUUUUAAAAAUAAAGUCGGAACAAAAUACGUUUAGAUGUUUGCUUAUAAGUUCGAUAAUCUCGCAAUUCAUCUGGAAAAUAUUCGAGCUUAUUAUUGGUUGAAAGAAAAUGAAGAAGUAUUGAAGAAAGUAACCGAUUUAUUCAAUUCAUUUGUCGAAGAUGUAUCAAAGAUUAUCGAGGUGGGAUUAAAAUAUUUUAUGAAAAAAAAACAUAUUUAUUGAAGAGUACAAGAUGGUUGAAAAAUACGCAAAGUGUUAUUUCGUUUAAAGAAGUGUUACGACAAAUAAGAUUGAAAAAUAUGACAGAAAUGGCGUAUGGAAGUUUGAAAGAAAUCAAGGAAAUUUUGAAGCAGUUUAAGAAUUGUACAGAAUAUUCAGUGAAAUUAGUUUGUUUAGCGAAGAUAACAGUUUCACCUGCUGUUAAUUUGAAUAAUGCAAAAUCCUAUAACAUCAAUCCAUGGAUAUUAAUUCAUAACACACUUCUCUAUUCGAUUUCAAAUAAUACGCGCCCUGGAGCUAUUGUAAGUUUCUGGAAGAGAAGAUAACAUUUUCACACAAAACAUGGUUCUUCGUCUGAAUAUUUCAGUAUGGAACAAUUGGAGUGGCACUAGCUCGAGAAUUAGGUCACACCGUUAUCAAAAGUAGUCAUGAUCCGGUUUUUCUUCCAUAUUUCUCGGAAAAUGUUAAAAAUUGUGUGCAGAAGCAGAUCAAUUCUUCAUGCUCAAUUUUUGGGCAAAAUUUGCGUAUGGCUAACGAUGAAGCUUUUGAAAACAAUAGUGCGGAAAUAUUUGCUGUCAAUUUUGCUUUCAAACAAUUCAAAAAUGCGUAUGAGAAAGAAAUCCACGUAAGCUUGAUUUUUGAAGCGAAUAAUAAUUCAUAAUGUUAUUUGAAGACCCCAAUAAAUGAAUCCACAAAUAAUUUGACAAAUUCACAGCUAUUCUAUUUGAGUUAUCUUUCAAUGUCGACGGAUAAAUCAGAAAUUGGAAAAAGUGCAGCAAUAGUUCAAAGUUCUGAUUUUGGGAAUAGUUUCAAAUGUGCAGCAAAUACUAGAAUGAUGAUGUCGAAGACUGUUAGUUGAACGUUUUUUUCCAGAAAUUAGUUAUAAUUUUUCAGGAUCAAUGCUACAUGUUUGGAUGUAAAGCACCAUUAUUACGAUAA